CUUCUGACAUUUGUUUUCCCAAAAUUUUUCCACCUCCUUUUCCACUUUUUUCUCAGCUUUUUAAUCAAGUCCAAACAACCCCUUAAUUCUCUUCACUCCAAAGACGCACAGAGCAAAAAUGGCAGCUCGCUCCAUCUUCACAACUUUCAGCAGAAAUUUGAGGAAGGAAAGAAAUUUACUUAGACCCUUUUCAUCAGAAGCUGCAAAACCCCAGAUCAUGUAUGAACAAGAGCCCUCAGCUGAUCAAGAAUCAGUUGAUGAUUUGAAAAGUAGGAUUUUUAGGGUGAGACUUCCCAAGCGUAGUGUUACUAAUGUGCUUCAAAAUUGGGUGAGUGAAGGGCGUGAGAUUGGCGUUUCUGAGCUUCGUAAAAUCACGAAGGAGCUAAGACAGUCACAGCGUUUUAAGCAUGCCCUUGAGUUAUCAGAGUGGAUGAUUGCUCACAACGAGUGUCAGAUGUCAGAUUCUGACUAUGCAGUCCGCAUUGAGUUGAUGACCAAAGUUUUCGGGGUUGAUGCUGCAGAGCGCUACUUUGAGAGUCUGCCUCCCAGAGCAAAGACUAGUGAAACCUACACAUCUCUACUCCAUUGCUAUGCUGUGUUAAAAUUAACUGAAAAGGCUGAGCAACUAUAUCGAAAAAUAAAGGAAUCAGACCUGUCUUUUACUGCCAUUACCUACAAUGAGUUAAUGACUUUGUACAUGUCGGUAGGGCAAGUUGAGAAGGUAUCCGCUGUUGUUGAGGACUUAAAAUGUCAAAAUGUCGCACCAGAUCUGUUUACUUACAACUUGUGGAUAAGUGCGAAUGCGGCAGCUCUUAAAGUUGAUGAAGUCAGAAGGAUACUUGAUGAAAUGAGUCAUGACCCUAGCUUUAACGAUGAUUGGGCAAGAUAUGUGAAGCUUGUAAAGAUUUAUCUAUCAUCAAGCAACCUUGUUAAUUCAGAGACAAACUCUGUGGUCGAAACUGAGAAAGGAAUUACUCAAAGAGAAUGGAUAACUUACGACUUUCUUAUUAUUCUUUACGGAGGUUUAGGAAACAAAGAUAAACUCGAUCAGAUUUGGAAGUCUUUGCGUAUGACCAAGCAAAAAAUGACCAGUAGAAACUUUCUCUGUAUACUUUCUUCAUAUCUGAUGCUUGGAAAUUUGAAAGAGGUAGAAGAAGUCAUUGAUCAGUGGAAGUCAUCUACAACAACAGAGUUUCAUGAUUCCACCUGUAGAAGUCUAUCAAAAGCUUUUGCUGAACUGGGAUUACAGGAUAAGGCAGCAGCUUUCAGUAUGAUUUUGACCGAGGAAUGUGAAAUAGUGGAUGAAUCACAGUAACGUGUAUGGGGCCAUUCUUGGUGUUAUAUGAUACAGAACAAGAUUCUAUGUUGAUGCAUUCUAAUGAAAUAUGCGGAUCACCAACAUGAAUAAACAGCAAAUGACGGUACGAGGUCAAUUUUUCUAUUAAUCUUUAUUUUUAUGACCUAGUUCUGAGAUUAAAUUGGUUAAAACAGCCUCUUUUUCCUUCAAUAGCUGUCAGUUUUGUUUCAAUUCAACAGUGCUGUUGUUGCUCUACGAAAUUGAUAAUGAUUUGCAAGAACGUGUACUAGCUUGAUAAUGAUUUUAUGAAGUUCAGUCGGAUUGCACUA